ACUCGCUGGAAAUGGGACUCUUUGAAAACGUCACAACAGUGCAACGAUGACGGAGACAAUUAGUGAUGUUUUUUUUUUCAAUUUUAUUCUUUUCUUUUCCCCCACUCGGAGUCGUGUUGCUUUCUUGCGCUAUUAUUCAUUAUAAAUUGAUAUAAAGCGCUAUGACGUGUAAAUUUAUGGAGGAGGCAAUGAAUGCUGCUGUUGCUCGUAUCACAAGUGUGGUCUCUUAUAAAAAGUUAAUUUAAAUAAACGUAAAGGUAUUUACGAAUUCAUACGAACAACUUUACUUAGAUUUAACGUAGAUAUAAAACAUGCAACGGAUAAAUUCAGAUUUGACAAAGGAAAUCCAUUUUGCACGUGCAAAUUCAUUUUCCCUCAAUUAUGUCUUGAAAGCCGUGUUAAUUAGCUGCGCUGUAUCCAGGCGGAUAAGCGAUGAUAUAUAUUUUUUUACUUGCAUGUUUUUUAUUUAUUUUUUUUAAUCUGAAUGUUGCCUUCGGCUUAUUGUUCAAUUAAAAACGGUAUUUUCGUUGUAUCCCCACUGAGCCGAUUGAAGGAGAACAGGAAGUGCUACUCUGAUAACACUUCCAGGUAGCCGUCGACUCCCAGUAACUAGGCUAACAAACUGCUAUAUAAGGCAUUUUGGCACAAUGGGACUGUUCGGUAGAACACCGGAGAAGCCACCGAAAGAGAUGAUAAAAGAGUGGUCCCAGAAAAUAAGGAAGGAAUCAAGAACAAUAGAUAGACAAAUUCACGAUAUUCAAAGGGAACAGGAAAAAGUGAAGCGAUCCAUUAAAAGUGCUGCCAAAAAGGGUGAGAGGGACGUCUGUGUGAUUCUCGCGAAGGAGAUGGUUCAGUCCAAACGAGCCGUCACAAAGCUCUACUCUUCUAAAGCCCACCUCAACUCAGUGACACUCAGCAUGAAGAAUCAGCUUUCUUUAUUGCAUGUAGCUGGGUCCCUGCAGAAAAGCACCGAGGUGAUGAAAGCCAUGCAGAGUCUCGUCAAAAUCCCAGAGAUACAAGCCACCAUGCGAGAUCUAUCGAAGGAGAUGAUGAAGGCUGGAAUCAUUGAGGAAAUGCUGGAGGACACGUUUGAGAGCAUGGAAGAUGGAGAGGACAUGGAAGAGGCGGUGGAGGAAGAAGUUGACAGGAUCCUCUUUGAGAUCACAGCAGGAGCCCUCGGCAAAGCCCCCAGCAAAGUCACAGACGCCCUGCCCGAGAUGCCGUCCGGGGCCACCGCAGCCUCGGAGGACGAGUCCGAGGAGGACAUUGAAGAAAUGCAGUCCAGACUGGCAGCGCUUAGGAGCUAAGGGGCUUUUUCUGUGAGACCAUAUCUGUUGAACUUUUGCAGUACUGAGCAUCUUUUCUGCAGCUUGCUCUUCUUCGGUUCCGCAUAAUCAUUUGGGGUUAUCUUUGUGCUUGGAUCAAUAAUGUGUGUUUUGAUUUUGUCAGAGGAUUUUUGCUUUUAUAUUACCAUUGGUAACCCGGAGUAAGAUUACUAUCCAAAGUCGAUUAGAAAGUUUGAGAGAGUGUAAAUAAUGCAAGUAUGAAAAGCCUACUGUGCCUAUGUUAUGGAAACCAUGGUAUUGUUGAGUAUUUGUUUUGGACUCACCAAUGACAAUAUGGUCAUUGAAAAGUUGACAUCACUAACUACACCUUGUAAACUAUUAACACUAGAGUUGAAGGGUACAUUUUUUUAAUAGACAUGUACAGUUAGUCUUUACCAUAUAAAAUACACUUCAUAAAAUGCAUGCAUACGCCCCCAAAUAUUUUGUACGUUAACGUUCAACACAUCCAAAGUUUCUUUGGUGAAUGAGGAAAUUAGUGCAAAAUCACUGAAAUAGCUGGUUAUUACAGGGAAAAUGUAUUGUGAAAGUGCAAUGUUUUAUUUUUUUUUCUAUGUACAUGGUGUAAAAGAACAAGGAAAUAAACUUUUAAGAACUACG